CUGAAAAAUAACCAACCAAUCAGACUCGCCAACACAGAUUUUCCCAGCAUACGUGCAUCUGAUUGGUGGGCGACACCGAGGAAGCGUUCGCCUGACAACCAGCGCUAGGGAGGUAACGGCACCAAGAGAGGCGAAACAACAACAGAGAUAAAGACAUCGCCCUUAUUAAUCAAUUCAAUUAACCAUCCAGGUGGAUUGUUGUGUGACAGCACGACUUAUAAAACCCUAAAGCUACCGUGUGCAGUUUGCGUAUAUGUAGACUUUAUCAGAAGUUUUCCACCAUGACAGCAGAGGAGACCAUCAACAUAAAGGAGGUGGAGAUCAUUAAAGUGAUUCUGGACUUCUUGAACUCGCGGAAGCUGCACAUCAGCAUGCUGGCCCUGGAGAAGGAGAGUGGAGUAAUCAAUGGCCUCUACUCAGAUGAUAUGCUGUUCCUCAGGCAGCUUAUUCUAGAUGGACAGUGGGAUGAGGUGCUACAGUUUAUUCAGCCUCUGGAGUGUAUGGAGAAGUUUGAAAGGAAAAGAUUUCGCUACAUUGUACUUAAACAGAAGUUCCUGGAAGCGCUCUGUGUAAAUAAUGCCAUGUCAGCUGAGGAUGAGCCACAGCAUCUGGAACUCACCAUGCAGGAAGCUGUAAAAUGCCUCCAUGCUUUGGAAGAGUUCUGUCCCUCCAAAGACGACUACAGCAAACUCUGUCUUCUCCUCACCCUCCCGCGUCUUACCAACCAUGCCGAAUUUAGGGAUUGGAACCCAAGCACGGCACGUGUACGCUGCUUUGAGGAGGCGUGUACCAUGGUGGCUGAGUUUAUCCCGGCUGACCGCAAGUUGAGUGAGGCAGGUUUCCGGGCUGGUGCGGACCGCCUGUUUCAGCUGCUGGUCAAGGGUGUGCUGUAUGAGUGUUGUGUUGAGUUCUGUCAGAGCAAGGCCACAGGCGAGGAAAUCAGUGAGGCAGAGGUGCUGCUGGGCAUUGAUGUGCUCUGCGGCAAUGGCUGUGAUGAUCCUGACCUGAGUCUUCUGUCAUGGCUUCGUAACCUGGCACCUAACGUAUUCUCAUGUGCCUUUGAGCAAAAGGUGCUCAACGUGCAUGUGGACAAGGUGGUUAAACCAGUAAGAGCGGCCCACGCUGACCUGCUCACACCACUCGUCAGCAAACUCUCGCCAUGCCCUGCCUCUCCUUUGCGCCGCCCACAAUCAGCUGACACCUACAUGUCACGCUCACUCAAUCCAGUUCUGGAUGGUCUUGCCUAUGGCCUGUCUGGCCUAGAGAGAAGAGGAGGAACCAGAGCCAGUGAUGUAGGGAAAGCAUCACCGAUGUCACAUUCAUUUGCCAACUUCCAAUAUCCAGGGGGGCAGAACCUGAGCCGGAGUCUGAUGAUGGAGGAGUCACAAUGCCAAAGCAUCUUUGAAGAGUCGCCUGAGAGCUCCAGAACUCAAACUCCAUCAGAUAAAAUGAUGGGCUUGACUGGUUCCCAGAACUCUCGCCCAGUCUCUGCACCAGGUCAGGAUGCAUCAGAAACCACCUCUGCAGACACGAAUGAGUUGCGUGAGUCAACGGAGCAGUAUCAGGAGUACUAUAGACAGCGCUUACGUGUACAGCAGCAUCUGGAACAGAAGCAGCAACAGAGGCAGCUGUACCAACAAAUGCUGCUGGAGGGUGGAGUCCAGCAGCAGGAGACUUCACCCAGUGCCAAGCACAACCUCACUGAGACGUUCCUCAACAGAUCCAUUCAAAAGCUUGAGGAGCUGAAUGUUGGAAUGGAUGAUCUGGAUGAGGAGGUGCAGGCUCUCUCUCUGCAGUGUAAUGGUGGAGGUGGAGGAGAGACAGGAACAACUUCAGGGGGGGCCACAGACACAACACUUCAUCAAGAAGGGGCCGGACUUAGCAACAGCACACCUCAAAGAAAAAGUGGACAAGUGGCUGUUCCAUCUCCCACUGAGUCCCCCGUGCUACCAAGUAGUGUUCAGAAGGAGAGAGAUGGACAGAGUGAUACCAGCUUGACACGUACUAAAGGAACAGAGGAAGACAAGUCCAAGACAAUGUUUAUAACAGUGAGUACUUUGGAAGAUACACAAGCCGUGCGGGCUGUGGCCUUCCACCCCUCAGGGAUGUUCUACGCUGUGGGCUCCAACUCCAAAACCCUGCGGGUCUGCGCAUAUCCUGAUACAUUAGAAACCAGUGGUGCAUGUAAACCCCCGGUGGUGUGCUUUAAGAGAAAUAAACAUCAUAAAGGUUCUAUUUACUGUGUGGCAUGGAGCCCCUGUGGGCAGCUUCUGGCCACUGGCUCCAACGACAAGUACGUCAAAGUGCUGCCAUUCAACACUGAAACCUGCAAUGCCACCGGUCCUGAUCUAGAGUUCAGUAUGCAUGAUGGUACUAUUCGAGACCUAGCCUUCAUGGAAGGGCCUGAGAGUGGAGGAUCCAUCUUAAUCAGUGCUGGAGCAGGAGACUGUAACAUCUAUACUACUGACUGCCAGAGAGGACAGGGGCUUCAUGCUCUCAGCGGACACACAGGCCAUAUACUGUCACUGUAUACAUGGGGAGGCUGGAUGAUUGCGUCUGGUUCACAGGAUAAGACUGUGCGUUUUUGGGAUUUACGCAUUCCCAGUUGUGUAAGAGUUGUUGGAACAGCUUUUCAUGGGUCAGGUAGCCCAGUAGCCUCAGUGGCAGUGGAUCCCAGUGGGCGUCUGCUAGCCACAGGUCAGGAAGACAGUGCCUGUAUGCUGUAUGACAUCAGAGGGGGUCGGAUGGUGCAGACAUAUCGACCUCACUUGAGUGAUGUGCGUUCAGUACGUUUCUCCCCUGGAGCUCACUACUUGCUUACGGGCUCCUAUGACACAAAGGUUAUCACCACAGAUCUACAAGGAGACCUGACGAAGCAGUUGCCAUUGACUGUAGUAGGAGAGCACAGUGAUAAAGUAAUCCAAUGUAGAUGGCACCCACAGCACCUCUCCUUCCUCUCUUCAUCAGCUGAUCGCACAGUCACCCUCUGGACACAAAACACGUAGAGCUGGGUCUCACCGCACAACUUACUCUACUGACAAAACCGUCCAGUUGGAUGAAUCUGUAAAUAGUGUGUGUGUGUUUGUGUGUGUGUGUAUGCAUGUGUGCGUCUGUGUUUAUUAUUUGUGACAGCCUCACUUCCUCGCCACUUCUUUCUCAAUGUUGCGGAAAUAGUAGCAGUUACAUUGUUUUCACACAAACUACAUGUUUCAGCAGAAUAAAAUAUACAGUUUUACAGUAAAUUUACAGCAACUAGAAUCAAAGUAGCACAGAAUACAGAUCAUUCCCAAAUUAAAUGAGUAAAACAACAUGAGUAAGCUACAGGAAAGUAGUGCAAUGUAUACAUAAUACAUGCAUACAGAAGAUGCGUUAUGAUGUCAUAUAGACAAUGAAAGAAGGCAGCAAAUCUUAUGGUCACAUGACACAGAGAGUUGAAGGCAGACGUACUGCAUCUUGAUAAGCACAUCAUGAAAGAAGAUUGGAUUACUGGCCAGAUCUAUUCCUCGGAACAAAAACAGGUUGUCCACAUCCAAACGUGAGACACUUUACAUGUUUAUUGUUUUUAAUGAUUCCUUUGAAUAUUUAUCUGCUCUAAGACUAAAACUAGCAACCGUAACUGUCAGGCCCAGUUAAGACAUUUGUUAAACAUGCAAGCAACACAUUCUGAAGUGUGAAAAAACACACGCCGCAGAUACCCUUAUUCUGUCUGAAUUGUGUGAAUAGAUGCUUCUGUGUGCUAUGUGUGGUGAUAUUUUGUAUGGUGCCUUGCUUCAUGGGUUAUUUAUAAAGCUUUAUGAUACACUCCAGACAACCAAGUAUUAAAUAAUCAUUAGGAUUGGGGUCAAUUCCAUUCAUUUCAGUUCAGCAUGUCCAAAAUACAGAUGCUAUAAUUUUUGAAUUAAAUUCUUCAUUCCAUAUUUAACUAUCUUUCUGAAAUGUCCAUAUGGUCUGGAAAGCUGUGCAUGAACAAAGCUAAAUCAUAUCACAUACAGUCGUAUACAAUAAUUUAAUAUUUUCAUUCAUUCAUCUUCAAUAUCCACUUUAUUAUGAUAGUGGAGUGGUAGUGAAGCCCAGCCAGAAACAUAAUGGAGGAAUCCACCUUGGAUGGGACAAAAUUCCAUCAUAUGACACCAUGUGCACCUACAAUCCAGCCAUUCUUUCCUUCCAAAACGAAGAUGGGAUGAAACCCGCAAGCACAUGGGGAGAACACGUGAAACUCCACACAGACAGUAAUUAGAGCUCAGAAUGGAACCAGGACCCAGAAGGAAAUAAUGUUUCCUGCUGCACCAUUAUUUAUAAUUAUGUUUAUAAUAAUAAAAAUAAAUAUAAAACAAUAAUAAUGAUAAUAAUAAUAGAUGGAUUGACAAUUUUCCUCUAGGUAUGACUGAGUGAAUAACUCUUGAGCCAUCUCAACCCUCAUAAUAGUAAUGAUUUGGUGAUACAGUAUGAUGGUGCAGCAUAUAGCGUUUAUGAUUCAAAUCUAUGUGUGUGUUUGCUGCAUCCUGUUUCGGGUGUGUUCUCCUACAAAUUGUCCCCUGAAUAGGCUUCAGAUUCACUUCAUUCAUAAAUAUGUUUAGGGUAACUAAAGUGAACAGAUUGAAUUGACACUUGUUUGCAGUGACAAUAUUUUGCUGCUCUGUAUAUUAAAUAGAAAACAGCAGUCUCAAAACAGAAAAUGUAUAUUUUGUGAUCAACGGAGUUAAAAAUAAUUCAGUCGUGUGCGAGUAGACUUUUAUGCACUGAAUGUUACUGAAUUACUUUCUGUAUGAAUGUAACUCCUGUGUUUUUCCCUAUUGACUGAAAUGCAGUGUUUUGCCUGAAAUAUAAGAUCUGUGCAAAUGCUUAAACUCUGUUAAAAUGUUGAACUUGGAUUAUAACAAAUUAAUGCCAUAUUUAAUUUAACCCAACUAGUUGAUUCUUGUUUUCUUGUUUUGUGGCAACUACACUAACCUAUUUAUUUUAACAUUUUUGUUCAUGAAACUUGAUCCUGUUUGUCAUUGGGACAUAAGUGAUGUGACAUAAUAGUACCAUAUUAUACAAGUAUUUUUUUGUAACUUGAUAACUAAUGCCAUUCAUAUUUUAUGGAACAUCAAAUGUCUGCUCCUGUAGAGUGAAAAUAAAGGCUUCUUGGUCACUUUC